AUGGCGCCCGCAGCCACAGAAACGCAGUGGUCAGUCGAAUACGACACUCUACGACGGGAGAACCUGUUCAAGAAUCCUCCGACGGAUCACACAGCUUAUCCAUCGUUGGCCGAGUCGAUUCGACCGCAUAUUGAUUCUUUCAAUGCUCUCUUCGACGACAGCAAGAUCCUAGAGGCAGGUUUGAAGGAUAUCGGUAUCAAGACCUUCCUAGAUGGUGAACUCGAAACGUAUGAGCAGAAGAAGGCACGCCAAGCAGAAGGCAUUCGCCCACCGAAGCGGAAUCGCUUAAACGUCCGCGUGCGUGAAAUCUUCCUCGACAAGCCUACCCUGCCUCCCGCCAACAAAUACGCCACCCGAAACCGUGAAAUCUACCCUUCAGAAUGCAGAGAGCGCCAUUCGACGUACCGUGGAAAGCUCCGUGCUCGUCUCGAGUACCAGGUCAACAAUGGAGACUGGAUGGAGUCUGUCCGCGAGCUGGGUAAUGUCCCGAUUAUGGUACGCACCAACCGGUGUCACCUUGAAAAGGCUACUCCCGAUGAACUUGUUCGACACAACGAAGAAUCGGAGGAACUAGGUGGUUUCUACAUCGUCAACGGUAACGAGAAGCUCAUUCGUAUGCUGGUCGUCGGCAAGCGCAACUACCCCAUGUCCAUCAUUCGUGGUUCUUUCGUCAAGCGUGGUCAGACCUACACAAAGUUCGGUGUUCAAAUACGAUCGGUUCGUCCCGAUCAGACUUCGCAGACCAACGUGCUUCACUACCUUUCCGAUGGAAACGUCACCUUCCGUUUCUCAUGGCGCAAGAAUGAAUACCUUAUUCCCGUGAUGAUGAUCCUCAAGGCACUUGCCGAGACCAACGACCGCGAAAUAUUUGAGGCCAUUGUCGGUGGUGCUUCCUCCAAGGGCAUGAAGAACACUUUCGUCACGGAUCGUGUCGAGCUUUUGCUGCGAACCUACCAUGCCUACCAGAAGCACAGCCAGUAUGAUUGCCGGUCCCACCUCGGCAAGGCUUUCCGACCUGUACUCGGAGUCCCUGCUGACAUGCCUGACGAGGAAGUUGGCACAGAGUUCCUCCGCAAGGUUGUUCUCCCCCAUCUUGGAAAUGAGAAUGUCACUGAGGCUCAAGACUGGGACAAAUUCAAGUUGAUUACUUUCAUGAUCCGCAAGCUUUACUCUACAGUUGCAGGAGACUGUGCUCCUGACAAUCCUGAUGCCGUCUCCAAUCAGGAAAUUCUGCUUGGUGGCUUCCUUUACGGAAUGAUUCUGAAGGAACGUAUCGAGGAGUGGCUCCGUUCAUUCGGCCCCAUUGCUAGAGAUUGGUCCAUCCGCAACAACGGCGCAAAGUUCACCGAUGAAGCGUUUGAGCGAGACUUCCUUUCCAAGAUCGUCAAGCGAUCAAACGAGAACAUUGGUAAUGCACUUGAGUACUUCCUCUCUACUGGUAACUUGGUCAGUCCUACUGGUCUCGAUUUGCAACAAACCUCCGGUUACACCGUCAUUGCAGAGAAGAUCAACUUUUACCGUUUCAUCAGUCACUUCCGAAUGAUUCACCGAGGUAGUUUCUUCGCUCAGUUGAAGACUACCACCGUCCGUAAGCUGCUACCAGAAAGUUGGGGUUUCCUUUGCCCGGUUCACACUCCUGAUGGAUCGCCUUGUGGUCUGCUCAACCAUUUGGCGCACAAGUGUUUCAUCUCGACGGACAACCUGGAUGUAUCUCAACUGCCUCGGACUCUGGUUCAGCUCGGUGUCCGGUCUGAGUCUUCCGUGGCUCUGGAUGAGAGCGUGGUCGUCCAGUUAGAUGGCCGAAUCAUUGGUUACUGCUCGCCUAAGCAGGCCCAGAGGAUCGCCGAUACCAUCCGGUACUGGAAGGUCGAAGGCAAAAACAACAUUCCUCGUGAAUUGGAAAUUGGAUAUAUUCCCAACUCAAGCGGCGGUCAAUACCCAGGUGUCUACAUGUUCUCCCAAUCAGCGAGAAUGUACCGCCCUGUUAAGUACCUCGCGCUGGAUAAGCUGGAUUAUGUUGGACCGUUCGAGCAACCCUUCAUGGAAAUUGCCUGUGUGGAGUCUGACCUGAUCCCCGGUCUUUCGACCCACAUCGAGUUUACGCCCACGAACAUCCUCUCUAUCGUCGCAAACAUGACCCCCUUCUCCGACUACAACCAAUCUCCACGUAACAUGUACCAGUGUCAAAUGAGCAAACAAACCAUGGGUACACCAGGCACCUCGAUUGCCCACCGUACCGACAACAAGUUGUACCGCAUCCAAACGGGUCAAACGCCAAUUGUACGGCCACCUCUCUACAACGCCUACGGUCUGGACAAUUUCCCCAACGGAAUGAACGCAGUUGUAGCUAUUAUCUCCUACACCGGAUACGAUAUGGACGAUGCUAUGAUUAUCAACAAGUCCGCACACGAACGUGGCUUCGGCCACGGUACAGUCUACAAGACCAAGGUCGUCACUUUAGCCGACAACGAUUCCCGCCGAACCAAGUCCAAGCGUGAGGUCACCAAGCUGUUUGGAUUCGCCCCCGGCGACGAGGUCAAAGAGCAGGUGCGCAACAUCAUCGACGAGGACGGAAUGCCGCACCUAGGUGCUCGCGUUAAGGAAGGUGACAAGAUCGCGGCCUGGCACAACGUCCGCUUCGAUCCCGCGUCUGACUCGUACGUCAACGUCGACGGAGUCACCCACUACAUGAAAUACAAGGAUGCCGAAGAAGGUUACGUCGACAGCAUCCGUCUCAUGGGUUCCGAGUCUGGCAACGAGCCUGCUCAAUCGCUCAGCAUCAAAUACCGCAUUCCCCGAAAGCCCGUCAUUGGUGACAAGUUCUCUUCUCGUCACGGUCAGAAGGGUGUCUUGUCUCAACUCUGGCCUGCGGUCGACAUGCCCUUCUCUGAGAGCGGCAUGCAGCCCGAUCUGAUUAUUAACCCUCACGCUUUCCCGUCCCGUAAGGCCCCGUUACUCCUAAGAUCAAAAAAAACUCACUCGUCUAACGCAUUCCCAGGUAUGACAAUCGCUCAAAUGAUUGAGUCCAUGGCCGGCAAAGCCGGUGCCAUGCACGGUCUUCCGCAAGACUCCACUCCCUUCCAAUUCUCCGAAGAAAACACCGCAACCGACUACUUCGGCGAGCAGCUCCGCAAAGCCGGCUACAAUUACUACGGUAACGAGCCGUUGUACAGUGGUAUCACGGGUCGCGAGUUCUCCGCCGACAUCUACAUGGGUUUGGUAUACUACCAGCGUCUGCGUCACAUGGUGAACGACAAGUUCCAAGUGCGUACCACUGGUCCCGUCAACGCGCUCACGGGCCAGCCCGUGAAGGGUCGUGCGAAGGGUGGUGGUAUUCGUGUCGGAGAGAUGGAGCGUGAUUCGCUCAUUGCUCACGGUGCGGCUUUCUUGCUGCAGGAUCGUCUCAUGAACUGCUCCGACGCCCAGCACACUUGGAUUUGUCGCAGCUGUGGUUCAUUCUUAUCCACUCAGGUUGCUGUUUCUGGCUCCUCCCGCUCUCGCACCGCUAUUAACCCCGGUGCAGCCGCGGCUGCUGCCAAGGCUGCUCCUAAUCAGCAGAGCACUAAUGCUCAUGCUGGUUCUGCUAUUGGUGCUUUGGGUGGUGUCAAUGGUGUUGUGCGUUGCCGUCGCUGUGCCCGCGAGGCUACCUUUGAUGACUCCCGCGCUGAAGUCUGGGAAGAUGGCGAUGGACACCGCUACGUUGGUGGUGACAAUGUUACGAUCGUUGCUGUGCCUGGUGUCCUACGGUACUUGGAUGUUGAGUUGGCGGCCAUGGGUAUCAGGAUGAAGUUCCUGGUGGAGAACUGA